AUGGUCGACCGCCGGCCACUCAUGCAGGAGUCCUCGGACCUCUCUGAGAGCUCAGACAACACGCCCGCCCUGCCUUCGCUCGGCUUCUCCAGCAACUCCCAUACUCUCGGGCUUACUACCCCGCCGCCUGCGCGACCGCACUACGCACGGCUACAGAGCGAUACCACCGCCGUCGGUCGCAACACACCAAGUAUCGUACAGGAGGAGGAAGAGGAAGAAGACAUUGCAGACGGCUUCCAACGCGGCAAGGACAAUGGACUAGGCAUAGCAACAUCCCCUGUCGCGACAACGCAGACCGCCAGGCGCGUUAGCAUACAACCCAUCCCGCGACGAGCCGUCGGUCCUGGCCCCAAGAGCCCGCCCACCAAGAGCCCCGGCGCAUUCUCGCCUCUAGGCUCAGCCGACCCAUACUUUGGAGGCUUCCCCAAGAGCUCAAACGAGUCCACACCCGAUCUGCGACGAGACAGGUUCAGCCCCGAUGUUGGUAGAGCAAGUCCUGACGUCGGCACGUACGAAGAGUUUCGGCACGGCAUACUCAAGAACGCAAAGCAAAGCAACAGCAGCAUAAAUGAGUACGAAACAUACAUACAUUCCGCUGAUACCGAUGGACUCCGAGGAGGAGGCGCCGCUCCCUCGAUCAAGUCAGCAUACGAGAACGACUUUCGCCCAAUUCAUGAAUGCGCGACGACACGAGACUUUUACCACCCACGCAUCACCUGGCUCAAUUUGUCUUUGAUUGUCAUAUCGCUGUUCUCGUGCUUGUUCUCUGGCAUCUUCUUGGCCCUGGCUAUCCGUGCCCCUCAUUAUGGGCGGCGCAUUACUAGCCAUGGGCCUAUUACGCCCGCCGAUGCUAUCCUACUCACGACGGUCAUGGCCAAGCUUAUUGAGUUGUCUUUUGUGACGGCAUUUGUGGCUUUCCUUGGGCAGGUGCUUAGUCGGAGGGCGUUUAUGAAGGAUCAUGGGAGGGGGGUUACGUUGUCGGAACUUAGUAUGUGGAGGUGGGUCGUUCAACCAGGCACUUUGAUCACCCACUGGGAGACUGCAAAGUAUGCUGGACUGUCUUUUCUGGGCAUACUGAGUUUGCUGAGCGCUGUUUUGGCGACGCUUUACUCAUCUGCAGCUGCCGCUACUGUUCAGCCUAUGCUAAGAGAUGGUAAUUGGGAUAACGGCCUGGUUCUGGCUGGCCGUGUCAAAAGCGAUUUCGCAAACAUCAACUACCUCAAGGAAAUGUGUCAAACGCCCAUUCGAACCGACCAGAAAGCUCAAGGAGAAACUUGUCUACAGAUGGAACACGCUGGCCAAGGAUACCACAACUUUCAGCGCUACCUCUCGGAUUGGGAUCUAUCAGCCAGGAACGGCAACGGCACUUCAAUCCAGAAGCUACGACCGCAGGGCUUUGGGCUUCUGUACGAGAACACUACGGUCACUGGGCAAUGGAUCGAUAUUGUCAACACUACUGAGGUUUCCCAGAAGUACGGUAGGGUUAUCAACAAUGUGACAAUGGCAAUGCCUCAUUCAGGCGUGUUCGCUGCUGCCCGCGACCAAAGAAACGGAAUCCUGCAGCCUGAAGAGCUAAACUCCGAAGGAACCUACUCGUUGCGCGCUUCGGUGCCGUCACCAGUAUUGAACGUAUUAUGCGUAAACAUGAACAGGACCGAGCUGGAGCCUAUUGUAUACGACGCCUGGAACGAUGAGGUGGUCGAUCUUCUUUCUUGGGGAAACGUUCCCGGUAUCAGGGACAACGCGACCACAACCAACCAAACUGUGGUGGAUGACAUCUUCGGCUGGGACGUUAACGACACAACAACCACGAUGAACUGGCCGCCCGUCUUCGGCAAAUACCCCUUGCCUUUCAACACAAUCAUGAACCACACUAGCUUUGCCUGGGGACGAUCCGCAAUCUACCUGCUAGGACAAGGAGGACCAGAUGAUGUUGGCAUGGAUGGGACAGGCAUCUUCUCAUUGUGCAAAUUACACCUCACGGUGAGACCAGGAUGCAGUACACGUCAUAAUGUCACCGGCUCGGGCGCGACUAUGGAAGCGCUUUGCGAAGACCCCAACGACAAAAAGGCCUUCGUCGAGACGGGCGAAGAAGUCAGCGUCAAUACAAAGGGCGUGGCUAAUUGGCGCGACAUAGGUACUGACUGGUCCAACAGUCUGUCACUCGGCACAGGCCUCAUGGAUGCAAAUGCGAGUACAUCCAGACUAUUGACACAAUUGGUAUUGAAGCCUACCAAUCCGGAUCCAGAAAACCUUCAGGUCGACCUAAGCAAUGCCAUACCCAGUUUAGGGGAGGCCCUGGCUGUUUUGGCUGGAUGCACCUUGCUGUUGAGUAUGGUGGAUACGCCUUUUGUGACGUUCUGGAACUAUUCCCACCCUAUGCUCGACGAGUACCAAACGCAAUACUUCAACGCCUCGCUCAAAGCCCAACAAUAUGCAUCCGGGGGCAUGCCCGGCGCUUCCAAAGCAUGGGUACUCAUACUUGCUCUCGUCUUCGCCAUGAACGUCUUUGUCCUCAUCUACUUCAUCUUCCACCGCGGCCUGGUGACAGACUUUUGCGAACCGCCCAACCUCUUUGCCCUCGCCGUCAACUCGCCCCCAUCGCACGUCCUCGCCGGAUCUUGUGGCGGCGGCCCAGAAGGAAAACAAUACAUGGUGAACUGGUUCGUAAACCACGAGGGCAACCACUUAUACAUGGAGCCCGGCGAGAAGUCCCAUCUCCUCGGUGGCCACGGCCACGGCCAGCCGCACGUCCACAUGCAUAGUCAUACCCACAGCCCACUCCAUGAAGCUCCACCAAGAGAAGGCAAAGGUGUGAAUGGCUUCUUCGCCCAGAUAGCCGAAACGGUCAAACGUAGAUUCAGUAUGAGAGAGCGUUCUGCGCCGACGAAGCUUCGGCCAGCUAGUGCGGUGGAGAGUCUCAGACCCCCUGUGACUGUUAGGCCCGGUAGUAUAGCGUCGGAUUAUGAGAUGGAGGAUGGGCAGACGAGGACGUCGAGGCAGUAUCAGAAGUUGGCGAAGAGAAGGAGUAUGCUUUGA